GUGAAAUCUGGCAACAGCCGAAUGCAGACAAAUUCAGACAAAAAGUUUUGAAUUUAACUGAUGCGGUAGAGAGCGACCGUUAGCAAGGAAAAAAUAUAUAAAGUAUUUAAAGCAAUGUAUGGACUUAUAAGAAAAGAAGAUAUUGAUAGAAAAAAACCACCGAUAAUAAUCUCUACUGCUGCCACCCCUGGUUGGCAAAGACCAAGUCCCACUUCUAGUGAUGAUGCUACAAAAGGAGAAAAUACACAGAAUCAUGAUGGAGGUACAGGAACCAAUUCCAGUAGAUAUGCAAGGAAGAAGAGUGGUUUGAAGCCGAUCCGCCCAUCCAGUGUGUCUGCUUCCAAUCUCAAUCCUAUGACACCAGGAAGGCCUCAGUUGCCACGGACACCCAGACUUUGCUUCAAAGAAAAUGAUAAUUCAAGAUUUGGAACACAUGAUUUUCCAUCAACUCCAAAGUUUGGUCGUUCUGAAUCAACACCAGAACUACACAGGAUAAGAAAGUUGGACCACUCUCUUCACACGGUUGAGAGAAACACCACUCAAGAAAAAGCACAUUACAACAAUGUUCUCCAAGAAAGUAAUGUAUCCAAUCUUUUGACUCUCACCAGUGAUUCUCUCCCAGACAUCUUUCGUAAGCCUAUUAGCCAACAGCAACAUGAGGUUCCACUCAACCUACAGUCUAAAUUUGGCAAUUCAGAAGAUAAGGUUUCAAAAUGGGGUUAUGGCCCUUCCUCCACAAAUACCCAACAAGGUUUUGGCACGAAAAUCAAUCAUCCAGAAUCUCAUAAAGAGUCCUCCAUCAAACUAGUUACUGAAGGACUUGGGAUAGUAACACAAGUAAAAGAAGAAGCACCUUGUGCUGCUAUUCUAAAACCAGAUGUUUCACGUAUGCCUCUACCUGGAGCAAAAAAUGAAUUUGUUGCAUGGAACCAACCGGAAAAGUCAUCCUUUUCGACCCAUAAGUUACCAUCUGUGCCUUCGGAAAUGGAAGAAAUAUAUGCUUUCACCAAUGCCAAGAACAAAUCAGGAUUGAAUUCUACUUCAGAUACAGCGAGUGCUCUUGGACUACCGACACAACCGACUGUCAAAAUGCAUCCUUUAGAUCAAGCGCAAACACCACUAGCUAAAAAGCUGACGUGGACUGGACAUUCAUCAUUUAGUACAACCAAAAUACGAGAAUCAUCCCUAGUUUCGUUAGCUUCGACUUCGAAGACUGAAAUGCAUAACGAUGAACAAAAACCAUCACUCGGCAUUUUAUUACCCAAAGUACAGGCAGAAACGUCUCCAAUUUUCAAUCUAGCAAGCUCUAAACCUCCGCUGCCAGUACCUAUUCAACCAGUGGUAAGCGUCGUGGCAGAAGUUCAACCAAUUGAUCCCAUCCAACAACAUGUGGAGCAACGAAGCAAAUUAAUUCCCCCAGUUUCCAGCAACAAUAUUUUACCCCCUCCAAAUGCUCGACCGACUCCGAAAACCAAGCAGAUAGCAGUAAACGGCAAGGUUUACAGCGUUAUGAAACCGCUUGGGCGUGGGGGAUCAAGUGUCGUAUAUCAGGUACUGAACCAAGAAAUGACUGACAUAUUUGCCUUAAAAGUUGUUCGUCUUGAUUCCGUUGACGAAGUCACAGCUGAAGGCUAUAUUAAUGAAGUCCGGCUAUUGAAACAACUGCAAGGUUUGCCUCGCGUCGUCCGCCUUCUUGAAUACGAGUACAACGAAGAAGAAGAGAAAUUGUUGUUGGUAAUGGAAAAGGGUGAUACCGACUUCGCAACUGUCAUCCGGACUCGCACCAGUCUCAACGCCAUCAACCCUACCCUGAUUCGCUUUUACUGGCAGGAAAUGUUAGAAGCUGUGAAAGAGAUUCAUGACAAAAAUGUGAUUCAUACAGAUCUGAAACCGGCUAACUUUCUUUUGGUCAAUGGAGGCUUAAAGUUGAUCGACUUCGGUAUUGCCACUUCUAUCCAGGCCGACAUGACGUCGAUAAUGAAGGACAGCCAGUGCGGUACAUACAAUUACAUGGCACCAGAAGCAAUCAAAUCUGCUACGCCUUCUGGAACGUACCAAGAGUAUAAGAUAAGCAGGAAAACAGACGUGUGGUCUCUUGGCUGUAUGUUGUACAGUCUCAUCUACAAGAACCCACCUUUUAGCAAGUUCAGGGACACGAUCGAGAAAAUCAGUGCCAUCGUUGAUGAGCGUCAUGUUAUAGACUUUCCUUUGACUGCUGAUCCGAUGGUUAUAGCAGUUCUAAAAGGCUGUCUCGAUCGCAAUCCGCGCAAUCGACCAUCAAUUGAGCAGCUUCUAUCCCAUCCAUAUUUGACAUGUACAAGUCAGUCUCCGGUCCAAUCCUCGAAGAACAUUCCCCCUCAGCUGCGUAUUCAGCUUGAAUUUCUACUAGAAGGUGGUCCACUCACUGAGGAAGUCAAGGAAAAUAUUCGACAGUGGAUGUGAAUUACUUCCAUGAGCGACUUCCAUGAAAGCAAUACUGUAUCAGUCAUCAUUAUCAAAUUCAUCCCAUAUUGUAAUUUACAUAUUGUUGUAAUAUCAGAUAUACAUAACCCUUUCCCUGCCCUUCA